GGAGCGCGCGCGCCACUCCGUCCUCUGCACAGUGGCCUCUAACCUCCCGAGCGAUGCCGCACGCGACCCCGCGCUCUUCUCUGACACCUCAACGACGAUGAUUAACGGGGUCCUCUGGUUCCUCGUGGCGUGGAGUUCAGUGUGCCUCCCCUGGGAUACCCAAGCUCUUGAACUGAACUACAACGAUGCCCUGGAGAGCAAAGCUGCAGUAUUGCUGGCUGUGGAACCAGAAGACCCCAAGUGCUUCACAGAGGACCUGAAACACCUCAUCUGCUUCUGGGAUGAAAGUUCUCCAUUCAGUGCAGACAGCUACUCCUUCUAUUAUAAAUACGAAAAUGAAGAUGCUUGUACAUGCAACCUGACUCUUCAUCGUCUUGCCAACAACAAGACGCGCUACCUCUGCUUCAUUUAUAAUGUUUUCUCCUUCACCCUGAUGGAUAUUGUGGUGAACAGAAGCAACGCAGAACAACGCAGAAGACAAAUUUACGUCGAUCAAGUUGUGCUUCUUGAUCCCCCGACCAACGUGACCGUUAUUCAGACAGGAAAAGCGGGGCAGCUCUACGUGAAAUGGCUUCAGAAAGCGGACUUUAUUCACUCAGAUGUUUACCUCAAGUAUGAAGUCAGUUACGCUCCUUUGGGGUCUGACCAGCGAAAGACGGUGAUAGUCAAUGAGAAUAAAUACUGUGUCCUGAAUAACCUCAAGCCGUGGACACGUUAUGCGAUUCUCAUCAGGUCCAAACUGGACUCGCAGUCCUUUAAUGGCUCCUGGAGUGCCUGGUCCAGAGAGGUCUCUUUAGAAACUCCGUCAGAUGUCGAUCCAUUAAUCCUGUCACUGAGUUUGAUUUUGUUGCUCAUCCUGCUUGUCCUGUUCAUCACCACUUUCCUGUCACAUCGAAGGUUUUUGUUGAAGAAAAUGUGGCCUCUGAUUCCCACUCCAGAAAACAAGUUUGCAGGGCUGUUCACCGUUUAUAAAGGCAACUUUCAGGAAUGGCUUGGGCAAAGCAAUGCCUACCUGUGGUGGAGUCCAACGUUCCUCUACUUUGAAGAUGUGGCAGUAUCGUUGGAGGUUCUCUCCGAGAUCAAGCCCAUCCUGCUACCCACCAGCAAACCAGUACCAGCCAAACCCUCCAAAAAUGAACAGUACUUCCUAAGCAGUAAAGAAGAAGACAAAGAGCAGGGCAGCCACAUAUUGUCCUUUACAGAAGGCCAAGUAGCCAUGAAUGAGUUAAAAGACCAUCAAGAGGACGUAAGGACAGCGCCUUGGCCGUUCAUUCAGUCCAAUGGAAUGUUUCUGCUCGAGAGUGGAGACCAAGCCCCACUGGAGUCCAAAGAUGUCUAUGUGACCCUAAACCAAAGCAUUCCUCUCGGCCACUCCUUUGUAAACAGUGCUAGCCAGCUGGAUAACCCCAGGAGCCAAGAUGUUCUUGAGGAAGAACGUCCUCUCCAGACUCUCUUCUCUACGGCUUCUUGCGAGGGGUCGGAUAAAGACUCGGCAGUGCAGAGCAGACACAGCCAUUCAGUGGACCGGGUAUCUUCAGGAUCGAGCUUUGACUAUGCCAUAUACGAUCCAAGUGGCGAUCGUCUGUACCCCAGAACCUGGCCUACAAAGAAUCCAGACUAUAAUUACAUGACAAUGGCAGAUUCUGGUGUAUCAGUUGACUACAGCCCCAUGGAUUUUUGCUCUACUGGUGUGAUUCGUGAGCCCAGCCACUGUGUGUAUUCCAACAUCUGACAAAUGUGCCAACACAUGUAGAAUGGAAAUGCCAGCCGUGAAACUGGCUAGGAAGGCAUUGAUGGGUCUCACAAUUGUUAACAAGUCCUUGUGGAAUACGAAGCAGAAGUAGAGAUGGCAGUAAUUUUACGCACGUCCACAAGCCAGCAUGGUGUGUCAAUCAUUCUGCAUCAUUUUUUUUUCCCCACGUCUUCCUUGUCAAGACUGACUUAAAAAUAUAUGCCAGCUGCAUUUGCCAUGUUUAACGGGUACUGCCAAGGAAAGCAAGCGAAGAGAAAUCCUGCUGCAGUUCGGUCAUUUCAAGUGGGCCAGCUUGCAGUCACGAAUGUCAGACGUUUCUUACCAAAAGGCAAUUCUGAGCAAACCAAAGGACAGCGUUCAACUGUGACAGGCAGGCAGCUAACUGUCGUCGGCAGAAACCAAGCUGCACGGAGUCACCGCUUCUGAAGUCGUGUAGGACGUCCAUGAACUCCGUCCAACGCUUCACCAUAAUGGGAGACGGCACUGGUGUGCAUUUUAUAAACGAGGAGACCUGAUAACACCAAGACACAUGGAAGGUUUGUGCAAAAAAAACUCAACUGUCGACCAUUCCAAAGUUCAAACAAACUUCACUUCACAUCCAGCGGGAGGGAGAAAGAAAACGAGUGUCCUACCAAGAAAUGACACCAAGUUGAAUUUUCUUGCAGGCCCGUGGUGUCCCGUGCAGGGCCUGAGCUCCUUCACGUAGGCUUCAGAGGACGCGGCCAUUUAGCUGGGCUUCCAAAUCAGAAAAGGACAAAAAAACAACAACAAACCAACCUUCUGGUGGCUUCACGACACAUGAGACAA